AUGGAGGAAUUUGCACGUCGUUUUGCUGGGGCACUGGUUCUCUUGGAGAGGGAGUCGAGGGGUUUACGGAUAGGAGGUAUCGCUGCAAGGUCGGCACUGCAGAAUGAGUUUGCAGUGGUCUGUAGGGUUUUCACGGAGAAGACCUUUCGGCGAAGGAGUUUUAUGGAUCUUUCUCUCGAGACUUUGGGCGGCGCGAAGGGCGUUGUCUUGAGUGAUGUUGAAGGGGAUAGGUUUUUGGCUCGUUUUAAGUGUGCGGAGGAUAUGCAGAGAGUCUUGAAUCGGGAACCUUGGGAUUUUGACAGAUCUCUGAUUUUGAUGGCACCGCUAGGUGGGGCUGGGUCUGUCAUGGACGUAGCUUUGUCCUCUACGGUGAUGUGGGUUCAAGCUCAUGGAGUCCCAUGGAGGUUUUGUACACCAGAGGUGGCGGAAGCUAUUGGAGGUAUGGUGGGUACCUAUGAGAGAGUCAAGACUGAUGAGCAGGGUUGUUGUGUAGGGAAAUUCUUAUGUAUCAAGGUGCGAAUGGAUGUUUCAUUGGCACUUCUCCGACAUACUGUGGUGGAUUUUCCUGGGGUGGGGGAUCAGUUGGUAGAGUUUAAGUAUGAACGGCUACCGGAGUUCUAUCAGGAGUGUGGGUUGAUUGGUCACCCUACACGGGAAUGUGAUGAAAAACUAGGGACUAAAAAUAAGCGAGACUCGGAGAGGCCAUUUGCUACUACUCUAAAGGCUAAGAAAGAUCUGUUUGGGAGAUGGCUGGAUCCCCAUGUGGGGAGGACUAGGAUGGAUGGUGCAUAUAGCGGUGGUGAGAGUAGUGAUAUUGGGAGUGGGUCACAAUCCUAA